AUGGGUGAUAUAUUAUUAGCAGAGUUCCAUGGGUAUUUUGAUGAGAAGAAUGCUGAAAUACUGAAACUAAGCAUACACUAUAUCAAAAGCUUAGAGUCAUGCAUUACAAACCUAGCCCUAAAUAAGGGAAUACCAAAAAAUUUUUCUCAUUUUAGGGAUAUAAUAGAAGUGAUAAGGAUUUGUUCAGUCCAUGGUAUUUUGAUAAGAGAUAGUUACAAAGAAAAUAGAAGUUCAAUGUUUCAUUUUGUAAAAAUAUUUCCCGAAAUUGAAGACUUAAAAGAAGUGGAUGACAUGUGCUUUUUAGCUUUUCUUGUGAUGAACAAAGUAUUCUCAACUUUUCUUGAUUCCUUACAAAGUCCAACAACAUUUUGGCACCAAAGAGUUGCGAAGUACUUUCAUCAAUCUAGCAUAUUAAGGUACCCCCACUUGCUCAAACAAUUUACUCAAAUAGCUCAUUUUUUUGAAAUAAAUUUAAAUUUAAAAACAUUUCAUAUACCGAACUGCUGGUUAACUUACUUCGCAAAAUUAUCUUUAAGGUGGAAUUCAUAUGGUAGCAAUGGAAUAGAUGCUCCAAUAAGAGAUUAUUCAAACUUAGCAAAACAUUCAUUAGAUUCUGGUUUAGUUAGUUUAACUCCUUCUCUACUUCAUUUACUCAGGUCAGAAGAAAAUUUAAUUUUAAAAAAUUCUUUUGAUAAUGAACAAUAUGACAAGUCUCCUGAAGAGGAGUACUCAGGAACUAUGGUAGUUAAUCAUAGUGAAAUUACAAAUGAAAACUUGGAAAAAAUCCAUGAAGAUUACCAAAGUAAAAAACAUUCAUACUUCUCACACAGCUUCAAUUCUGAUUCAUGUAGUAUUAAUAAGGAUGAUAGUGAUAAUGAAACUAAAGUAAAGGAAUUAGAAGAAUUAUUAGAAAAUUUGUGGCAACCACUUCUAUAUCUUCCUUCAGAAUUAGAUAUGAGAUUUCUUCAAAAAUCAAAUAAGUCUAAAAAUGGGGAUUUUAACUCUUCAAAAAAUAGAUAUAAAUCUAUUGUACUAUCUCAAUUAGUGACACCUAAAAGGUAUUCUACUAUUAGAAAUAAAAGAACUCCUUAUGUUUCUGAUGAGGAACCAGAUCAACAAAGUAUUAAUCAAUCACCAAAUUUUGAUGAUGAUUUAAAUCAUAUCAAUAGUGGAACUAAAAUUUAUGAAUCACCUAAUUUAAUUAAGCUAGUCCCCAUAAGUUAUAUACCGGAUAAUAAAGAAUGGUAUCUUCGAUACUACACAAUUCCACUUGAUAAAACUGAAGAAAGCUCAGUAUUAAAUCUUCAAGAUUAUAAAUGUUGUGACAAAAAAUGUCGCUUUAAGCUAGAUCUAGGAAAACUUCAUUUUUGUUGCUUCACUGGUUUUUACUAUUGUUCCAAUUGUUAUGGUGACAAUCAAACUUGUAUAAUACCAGGAUUACUUGCAAAAUUUGGGAGCUUUACCCCACUACCUGUUGCUGCAAAUUCGUUAAGGCAACUAAAAAGUUUGGAAAGUAAACCACUUAUUAAUGUGAAUAUGCUUACAGCAGAUAUCUGGAUAACUAAUCAGCUGAUAAAGAAGCUUGUUUAUGCAAGGAGAUAUUUAUUACAAUUGUGGUUGGACAGUGAAUCAGCAGACCAGCUCUAUAGAUACAUGAAAAAUGGAAAAGAUCAUUUUACAUUUUUAAGAGAUCAUCCUAAUUCCACAGAAAGUCAAAAUCAAUUUGAAAAGCAGUUAACAAAUAUAUCCACUUUAAAAGCUUAUAGAAAGGAAAAUUGUACAAUUAGAGAGAACAAUAAAGAAACUCAUGAAAACUGUUCAAAACAGGAUGCAUUUUAUAAUACACUAGUAGAUGUAAAGAGUGAUAUACCAAAAAAAAAGUGUCAGUAUAAAGAGUCAAUAAAGAGAAGAUUACAACGAGAAUAUGGUAUGAAUGGAUUGGCUGAUCAUACUGACUACUUUUCUGUUCUUCAGCUAAUACAAAUAGGUUUUGAGUCAUUUUCACAAGAAAUAACUAUGAAUAGUAGUGAUGCAAAGUUUCACACUUAUGUCGACGAUUUGACUAAAUUAUGUAUUAACUGGUCUGAUCACCAAUCAAAGUGUUUAUUAUGUAAUCAUAAAAGAUAUCUUAAUUCUUAA